CUGAACCGGAGCAGGAGGAGAAACACUGAGGCAACGGAGAGCUGCAGAAAACCGUUAGUCGGGCAGCGCCGCUUUCUAUCACCGAGCCGCUGGAACGGAGGAUCAGGGCGUGAACCGAGGCGUCUAACGGACAGUCAUGCGCGCCGUCCGAGCGGAACCGGAGCCGCAGCAGCUCUGAGCGCGUUUUCUUCAGGAUCCUGCGAGGCGCAUCAGCGCGUUUUUCCCGCGGCCGCUCGCGUCACUUUGACAUUAAUAUCAGAAACCGGAGAUCUGAUUCCCCAUCACCAACCGACCGACCUACCGACCGCCGCGGAAACGGACAUCUCCGGUGGUCGUCGACGGGAAUCCGGGGAUUUGCGGGUGUCGCGGGGCGGAGGGCGAAAAGCAUCGGAUUGUGAGGGAAUCUUCGGCUCUCCGGUAACGGGAGUAUGGCUGACGACGACGUGCUGUUCGAGGAUGUGUACGAGCUCUGCGAGGUGAUCGGGAAGGGUCCGUUCAGUGUGGUGCGGAGAUGCAUCAACAGAGACACUGGACAACAGUUCGCUGUGAAGAUCGUGGAUGUGGCAAGCUUCACCUCCAGCCCGGGACUCAGUACAGAAGACCUGAAGCGCGAGGCCAGUAUCUGUCAUAUGCUCAAACACCCACACAUCGUGGAGCUGCUGGAGACGUACAGCUCGGACGGCAUGCUCUACAUGGUCUUUGAGUUUAUGGAUGGAGCAGAUCUCUGUUUCGAGAUUGUGAAGAGAGCUGAUGCCGGAUUCGUCUACAGCGAGGCCGUGGCCAGCCACUACAUGCGACAGAUACUGGAAGCCCUGCGCUACUGCCAUGAUAACAACGUCAUCCACAGAGACGUGAAGCCUCACUGUGUCCUGCUGGCCUCCAAGGAGAACUCCGCUCCUGUUAAGCUGGGUGGUUUCGGCGUGGCGAUUCAGCUGGGCGAGUCGGGUCUGGUGGCUGGAGGGCGCGUGGGGACGCCGCACUUCAUGGCUCCAGAAGUGGUGAAGCGGGAGCCGUACGGGAAGCCGGUGGACGUGUGGGGCUGCGGGGUCAUCCUCUUCAUCCUGCUCAGCGGAUGCCUGCCCUUCUACGGCACCAAGGAGAGGCUGUUCGAGGCCAUCAUCAAGGGCAAAUACAAGAUGAACCCUCGGCAGUGGGCACACAUCUCUGAGAGUGCUAAAGAUCUGGUGCGGCGUAUGCUGAUGCUGGACCCGGCCGAGAGGAUCACCGUCUAUGAGGCGCUCAACCACCCCUGGCUGAAGGAGAGAGACCGCUACUCCUACAAGAUCCACCUGCCGGAGACGGUAGAGCAGCUGCGCAAGUUCAACGCUCGCAGGAAACUGAAGGGCGCUGUCCUCGCUGCCGUCUCGAGCCACAAGUUUAACUCGUUUUAUGGGGACCCCCCAGAGGAUCUGCAUGACUUCUCCGAGGACCCCACAUCUUCAGGACUGCUCGCUGCAGAAAGGGCUGUGUCUCAGGUUCUGGACAGUCUGGAGGAGAUUCACGCUCUGACUGACUGCAGUGAGAAAGAUCUGGACUUCCUGCACAGCGUCUUCCAGGACCAACAUCUGCACACACUGCUGGACCUAUAUGAUAAGAUCAACACCCGCUCAUCUCCUCAAAUCAGGAAUCCUCCCAGCGACGCUGUCCAGAGAGCCAAAGAGGUGCUGGAGACCAUCUCCUGUUACCCUGAGAACAUGGAGGCCAAGGAGCUGAAGAGGAUCCUGACGCAGCCGCACUUCAUGGCUCUCCUCCAGACUCAUGAUGUCGUAGCUCAUGAGGUGUACAGUGAUGAUGCUCUGCGCGUGACUCCUCCCCCCACCUCGCCGUACCUGAACGGAGACUCACCUGAGAGUGUGAACGGAGACCUGGACCUGGAGAACGUGACGCGUGUGCGGCUGGUGCAGUUCCAGAAGAACACAGACGAGCCCAUGGGCAUCACUCUGAAGAUGAACGAUCUGAAUCACUGUAUCGUGGCCAGGAUCAUGCACGGAGGGAUGAUCCACAGACAGGGAACGCUGCAUGUUGGAGAUGAGAUCCGGGAAAUCAACGGGAUCAGCGUGGCCAAUCAGACGGUGGAGCAGCUGCAGAAGAUGCUGCGGGAGAUGCGCGGCAGCAUCACCUUCAAAAUCGUGCCCAGUUACCGCAGCCAGUCUCUGUCCUGUGACAAAGAGUCUCCAGAUCUGUCCAGACAGUCUCCAGCUAACGGACACUCCAGCGUCACCAGCUCCAUCCUGGAUCUGCCCUCCACCAUCCAGCCCAAAGGAAGACAGGCUUUAAACCCUCAGAUCUCCAGAGCUGCAGUGAAGGAUAAACUGGGUCGUAAGAUUUAUGUACGGGCGCAGUUUGAAUACGACCCAGCGAAAGACGAGCUGAUCCCCUGUAAGGAGGCGGGCAUCCGGUUCCGCGUGGGCGACAUCAUCCAGAUCAUCAGCAAGGACGACCACAACUGGUGGCAGGGCAAGCUGGAGAACACCAAGAACGGCACCGCGGGGCUCAUCCCCUCACCUGAGCUGCAGGAGUGGCGUGUGGCGUGUAUUGCGAUGGAGAAGACCAAGCAGGAGCAGCAGGCCAGCUGUACGUGGUUCGGCAAGAAGAAGAAACAGUACAAAGACAAGUACUUAGCCAAACACAACGCAGUGUUUGAUCAACUAGAUCUGGUGACAUAUGAGGAGGUGGUGAAGCUGCCGGCGUUCAAGAGGAAAACACUGGUGCUGCUGGGUGCGCACGGCGUCGGUCGGAGGCACAUCAAGAACACACUCAUCGCCAAACACCCCGACAAAUUCGCGUACCCCAUCCCACACACGACCAGACCGCCCAAGAAGGACGAGGAGAACGGGAAGAACUACUUCUUCGUUUCGCACGACCAGAUGAUGCAGGACAUCUCCAACAACGAAUACCUGGAGUACGGCAGCCACGAGGACGCCAUGUACGGCACGCGGCUGGAGACAAUCCGCAAAAUACACGAGGUCAACAUGGUGGCCAUCCUGGACGUGGAGCCGCAGGCGCUGAAGGUGUUGCGGACGGCUGAGUUCUCUCCAUAUGUGGUCUUCAUCGCGGCUCCGACCAUCACUCCUGCUAUGACUGAGGACGAGUCUCUCCAGCGGCUGCAGAAGGAGUCGGAGGCGCUCCAGCACUCGUACGCUCAUUACUUUGACCAGACGAUCAUCAAUAACGAGAUCGACGACACCAUCCGCCUGCUGGAGGAGGCUGUGGAGCUGGUGUGCAGCACCGCGCAGUGGGUGCCUGUGUCCUGGGUGUACUAACCACACACACACUCACACACACACACACACACACACACACUGACGGACUGCAUCCCGGAACUACCAGUGCGUAGUGCUGUAUAUAGCUAUACAUAUAUAAAUAUCUAUAAAUAUGAAUAUAUAAGUCAUAGAUAUGGUCCUGUGCGGAUGCCGAGGCGUUGUGGACAUUUUAUACGGUUUUUCUUUUUCAAUGUGCGAGACGCCGUCUCCGAGCAAUGAUGAGCACAGCCAGUCGUGGAGAAGCAGCGCCCUGUUGGUCCAGGCCUGUGGGUGUGGCUCAGUGACCCCGCCCACUGGCCGUAUAAAAGCACACACACACAGACACACGAGCAGCGUCUGCACUGGACUGAUCUGCUCCUGCGCGUCUCUCUCCAUCCUCUGUUUACAGAUGUAGGUUUGCACAAGGGCAGUGGAGCUGCUCCUCUUCCUCUAGAUGUGUGUGUGUGUGUGUGUGAGUGAGUGUGUGUGUGUCCAGCGCAGACCGACCGGCCCAUGGACACACUCUGACCCUCAUGCUCUGUGUAGUGACGUGUUUGUAAAUUGUCCUGGGUCCUUGUGCGGAGCGGGGAGGAGAAUCUCCAUUCCUAGAUGGAUGAUGUGAGAAACUGUGCCGUCUUCAAGAGUAUUACUGUUCUACUCAGAGAAACCCAGAGGAUCUUAUUGUGUGUAAAUGUGUCAAUGGUGCGUACAUUUUGAGAUUGAAAUGAAGUAGUGUGUGCAUAAACCACUGAACAGACUGUGUGAACUCUUCAUUUCAGAUGUAAACUCCUCUGCCAGUGACGAAACGCUCUUCAACAUGUGUUUGUUUGUUUGUUUAUUUGUUUUUUUUAUCUAUUUCCUUUCAUGUGUUUCAAAAAAAGUAAAUGCUUUUGAAAUCAG